AUGUCACCUCUGGAGAAACUGAUACUAAAUAGCAAUCAAUCUUCCCCUUCUGUAUUACCCUUAGUUUUUGCUGCUGUUUGGAUAGUAAGACAUGAUUUUGCCGUCUACACGGUGUCAUCGGUGACAAUUGGCCAAUAUUCCUCGAAUUCCAAAAAUCUGUAUUUGCAAAAUGAUUUAAUUAAUCGAUUGUUGAAGGAUACAAUGAAUCCAUAUGGAAUUAUUAAAUAUUUAGUAGAAGGUGAAAUUUAUCCUUACGAAGAGUAUGACGACACAGUGAGUCAUAAAGAUGCAAUGGACAGGUUUUUUAAAUAUUAUGCCAAUCGUGAAAAGUCGAUAUGGUUUUUGGAUAGCCUAAAGGCUUACCUGAAAUUCGAGGAAAAUCUUUUGAAACCCAAUCGUGGCUACCAUCGUAAUGGUUUCUUCAUUAUUAUCUACACAGGGUUUGAGGCAGAACGUUUGGUAACAAUACGUAAUAUAUUUAGCCGCCUGUUCUAUUUGUAUGUCGUCAAUGUGAAUGUAAUGAUGAUGGUUGGCAAAUAUGCCUAUGUCUAUACCUACUAUCCAUUUACGGCACGAAAAUGCCAUUCACCACAACCGGAAUUGUUAUUUUCAUUUCGUGGCAUUGAAUCUAAUCCAAAUUUUACUCUUAAAAACGGUCUGUUCCCUAAUAAAGUUACCAACAUGCAUGGCUGUCCCCUCAGUCUUGUCUCAUGGACUUAUGCUCCAUAUGUAUAUGUCGAAAAAGAUCCGCAUACGGGUACAUUCAUAAAAAUACAUGGUAUAGAAGGUUCGAUUAUAUCAUUGCUAUCGCAACAAAUGAAUUUUUCGAUUUACAUAAAAGAACCCGAUCCAUUGGAUGUUGGAGAAAUUUUCACCAAUGGCACAUCUACUGGAGCAGCAAAAAUGUUAAGUGAAAUGUAA